AUGACCGGAGUGGAAUGCCCAGGAGGACGCCUGUGCAAUUGUUGCCACUACUACCACGGCCCCGAGGUGCUCCUCGCCAUGAAGCUCUACGCGUUCCUGCGGAAGCAGGGAAGUCACGGCAAAGACGCGGGCUCGAUGCCGGUGCCUGAGCGUGCCCACCUGUGCAGGAUGAUUGCCAACGCCUCCAUGCACGUCUCCGCUCAGCUGGCCGCCUCGGCAGGCGGUGGCGCCGGCCAGCGGGCUGGCGCCCUGGCAGGCAUCCCAGCAGAAGCGGACGCCCAGGUGCCGAGCCCGCCUGCCCCGCUGCCCCAGUCUCUGGUCGCCUCCUGGAGCCACCUCGGCCCUGCGCAGCUCGUGGCGCUGCUGCGGGCGGCGACGCCGCAGUGCUACGAGGACUGA